CAUCUCGGCCAGAUUUAUUCCACCUCCGCAAACCACAACACGUCCACGCACCAGAGCUUGUUUGGAUAUAGGACUAUUAAAUUUGCCCCUCUGAAUUUACUAAAAGUCAUAUUGCGGUUUCGAUUCGCGUAUUUGAAACCUGUUUCCGCAGAUAGAUAAUGGGGUGCUGUUCAGGACGAUGUAUGCUGAUCUUCUUCUGCACUCUCCAAUUGAUGACAGCAUUGGAGAGGCAGGCAUUGGACUUCCUUGGAUACCAGUGGGCUCCCAUCAUGGUCAACUUCCUGCACAUAAUUAUGGUUAUCCUCUGCCUCUUUGGCACCAUUCAGUACAGACCACGCUAUGUUGUUCUAUACCUGCUGUGGACAUUACUAUGGGUGGCAUGGAAUGUCUUUGUGAGCUGUCUCUACUUGGACCUGGGAGGCCUUUCCAAGGAGAGCGACCUGCUUUCUCUGGGUGUAUCCUCACACCAUUCAUGGUGGAAAGACAACAGUCCAGGCUGUGAUGACAGGGGCCUUCCUGCCACUAGAUGGCAGAGUCUGGAGAGCCCAGAACUCAUCUCUGCUCUGGGAUGCUGGCUGGAAUAUCAAUACAUAGAGGUUCUACACUGCAUUGUACAAGUCCUAAUCUCUUUCUUGGGAUUUGCCUACGCCUGCUAUGUGGUCAGCAUCUUCACAGAGGAGGACAGCUACUAUAAGUAAAGAUUUCAAGUGGGUUGAAAAUGACUGACAGACAAGGAGGGCAGAAGAGGUACAAGAGAGUGGAAUAUCUCCAGUCAGUGAAACAGAAGACAUUCCCACAAUGCUCACAAAACAUCAUUCCUCUGCCUACCAGCACUCUUAAUGCAUACUAGAGUAAACCAGCAUGAGUUCUCUGUUUAAUGUAAUGAUGGUCAAUACUAGCUUAAUCCCAGAUCUGCAAAGGUGGAAAGAGUACAGAAAUAUCCUACUCAAGUAGAAGCACUGUUAGUUUAAUGACAUUUUAUUAAAGUAGAUGUCAAAUUACUGGUGUAAAAAACUACUCAAUAAAAUAAAAAAAGUAGCAAAUUUAAAAUAAAAGUAAAAAUAAAGAAGUUACUUUUCAAAUAAAAACAUUGACUUGAUACUAAUUUCGCUAAGGUUACCUGAAAGUUGUUAAACAUGAUCUUUUCCAUGCAUUACAUUAAAAAGAAAGAGAGGAAAUUAAUGUUCAGUGCAAGGAACUAGGAAGUAAGUUCAGUGCCAUAAGGAACAUCUGCAUGUAAAAAAACUAAGAAUUUGUCAAAAUUAUACUAUUAAUAUUAGAAAAUAAAGUAAACAUUCAAAGUGUAUUUAUGAUUUUAAAAAGCAAUACAAAAUAAAGUGCCUAAACAAUAAAGUUGACAGACUUCAAUAUACUUCAGACUCCAGAAAUAACAAUGUCUAAUCCUGCACCCAUUCAUUACCCCUUCGUUACUUGUUACUUGUCCAUGGGACCGGGUGACAUUCACUCACUCCCCCAUUCACACACACUCACUCCCCCUCUUUCCACUCACUAAAUCACUCACUAAAUCACUUGCUCACUCACUCACUAAAUCACUCACACAAACACACACACACACAAACUCCCUCUUUCACUCAAUUACCAGGGGUGGAAAGAGUACUGAAAUAUCCUACUCAAGUAGAAGUACUGUUACUUAUAUAACAUUUUACUCAAGUAGAAGUAAAAUGACUGACUUUGAAAAAAUACCAAAAAAAGUACAAGUACUUGGAAAAGCUACUAAAUUAUAGUAAUGAGAGUAGUUGUAAUUAGUUACUUUACACCUCUGCAGAUCUGUUUGUGUUUUUGCCUGCUCCAUUGUCAUUGUCAAGUUGUUUGGCAUAACUAUUCCUAGUUGGCAAGAGAGCAGAAACAGACUGGCACCCAGGCUAGGUCAAUACAGGUACACUCAGAACAAUACUGAUACUUCUGACAUAACAUGUAUCAGUGUGAGGAAAUAGUAUUCGUUGUAUUAUGACAUAAUGGCACUUUGUAAAAAUAAGCAAUUAUGCAAACAGUUGAAUAUGGACCGAAUCCUAUAAUUGUGUGUCCUACAUUGAUGUUAAUGAGAGAUUUGCACGAAAACUACAGUCACGUGCAAAUUAUCAAAGUUAUGUAUACAGAUUUCAAUUUAGGAUUUGGACCUACACUACCGUUCAAAAGUUUGGGGUCACUUUGAAAUGUCCUUGUUUUUGAAAGAAAAGCCAUUUUUUGUCCAUUAAAAUGACAUCAAAUUG